AUGGUGAAGAAUGCAAUCAAAGUCUACGCUAGAUUGAAGCCUGAGAAAAAUAGAAAGAACUCACUGAGUUAUCAAGUCUUCCAUCGUCCGAAAGAGAAUCUCGAGGAGGACUUCCUGUUCCUAGUUUCCCCGAUACAACGAACGAAAGACUACCCCGACAAUCGUGCCGAAUCGUGGAAUUUCUCUUUCUUCCGUAUAUUGGAGGAAUCCGCGUCACAGUCGGAUGUGUUCGAGAACGUGGCGCGGCCCGUGGUGGAAAGUGCUCUCGAUGGCUACAACGGCACCAUUUUCGCCUACGGCCAGACAGCGAGCGGGAAAACAUACAGCAUCACCGGAAGCCGCGGAGAGGAGUAUCAAGGCAUCGUACCAAGAAGCCUCCGCUACCUGUUUCAAACCGUGCAAAAGCGGCCGGAAAACGUGUACUCCGUCGAGGUGGCUUAUCUGGAGAUUUACAACGAGACCGGGUACGACCUGUUGGAUCGUCCGCAACGGCAGCGCGAGUUCGCGAUUACGAGAUUGGAAGAUUUACCACGUAUCAGCAUUCAAGAGGAUGAGAAUGGGAAUUUGCAUUUGAAGAAUUUGACGUUCCACUGUGUCGGAAGUGUCGAAGAGGCUUUCAAAUUGCUUCUGUUAGGUGACAGCAAUCGAAUUACCGUGGAGACGCCGAUGAACACCCAGUCAUCAAGAUCGCACUGCAUCUUUACCAUCGUGGUUUCCACGAAGCAGUUCGGCGCUGAACAGUAUAAGCGAGCGAAAGUGCACCUCGUGGACCUGGCUGGAUCCGAGCGAGUCUACAAAUGCUCGAUAACCGGCACCAUUCUAACUGAGGCGAAGCACAUUAACCUGAGCCUACAUUACCUGGAACAAGUCAUAGUGUGUCUGGGUCAGGAGAGCGCGGGUCACAUUCCUUACAGGAAUUCCGUCUUGACGUCAAUUUUAAGAGACAGUCUAGGAGGAAACUGUAUGACUACGAUGCUGGCCACUAUAAGCGUUGUUCCUUUCAAUUUAGAGGAGACACUGUCCACCUGCAGAUUUGCACAGAGGGUUGCUCUAAUAAGGAACGACGUGAAAUUAAAUCUGGAAACGAACGUUCAAAGCGAGAAUGCAUUAUUGAAGGCGGAAAAUGAAAGGCUUAGGCGGCAAAUUGAAGCUCUGACGGGACAGACGUCUGAAGAGCUCACCGCCGAGGACAAGAGAAAUCUCGAUUCUCAGCUGAGAAAUUUCUUGGAGAUCAACGAAGAGAUCUGCUGGGAUAAUAAUCCUACGAAAGUGCAAUAUUGCUUCCGGAGUUUGAAAAAAGUGUUUCAACUGAGCAAGGAUCCGAAAAGUUGUUUGAAGAAAAUGGAAUAUUACAAGGAGCUGGUUGUUCAGAGGGAUAAAGAAAUUUCACUGUUGCUCGAAAUGAUGAAGAAAGAGAAAAAUCAACGACUCACUGGGACAAUUGAGAACGUAUCGACUGUCAGCAAUAUUCAGAAUGAUAAGCAGAAUUCGGUGAUUAAUAAUAACUGUUCGAAGAAACAGAAACGAAGGCCUAAGAGUUCGAAGUCUCUCGUCCAAAAUUGUGCAAACGACGAUAAUUCGGUUAAAAUGAGUUCUAACGAAAAAAUUUGUGACAACGUUGAAGCAAAUGACGUUGCAAGAAGUGCAAAUUUAUCAGCUUGCAAUAUCGUGAAUUUGACUUUGAAUCAUUUGUCGGAAGAGAAAAGUAAAAUAUGUGAUGAAGUAGUGAGUAGUAAAGUUGAAGUAAAUCGAGAAUCUUCUCGUAAAUCUGACAGAAAGCAGAGAAAUACUGUGACAAAGGUGACGAAGCAAGAAGACGACAAAACUAAGGACGGUCCUUUAUCAAAUACUAGAAGCAGAAUUAAAGACACGAGAUCUUCGUCUGUAGAAACAGAUUAUUCCAUUCCAGUUUAUCAAAAAUCGUUGAACUUCAAUUCGACAAAACGUCAACUUCCGGAGAAACCUUUCGCUGUUAAAGAAGAUGAAAGAACCGAGACAAGAAGCUUCGAUAGAAGAUUCAAUUCGGAGGAGGAAGAUAAGUUUGAAAAUUCGUUGCCUUUGACAGGGGAUCCUGAGAUCGACGAAGAAAUUAUCGCAUUUUAUAAAGCGAAAAGAUCGGGAGAGGUAUAUUGA